GGGUUAUCAUCAGGUAAUUGAUGUCCUUAACAGUUUAUGCAAAUCGCGCUUCUGGAAUUGGUAUAAAAGAAUUGAUGUAGUUCGGUCGAAUUGUAGUUUUGUAUCCGCUGACCUACAAGCAACCGUACAAAAUGUUCAAAUACUUUGCUUUACUCGCCAUCGUCUUCGUCUUGGCCGUAGCCGAGCCCGAAGCGAAACCGGAGGCCAAGCCACAAUGGCCAGUGUCUGCGUAUAACUACGGACUGGGUGCCCACAAAUACGGCGUUUCGCCUUACAACUAUGGAGCUUAUCCCUACAACCAUGGAGCUUACUACGGUUCCUACCCCUACAGCCAGAGCGCGUACCCUCACAGCUACGGUCACAACUACGGCGCGUACCCCUACAACUACGGUCACGGUUACGGCGCUUACCCCCACAGCUACGGAAAAUACGCUUCGUACCCUGGUUAUGCCGGUUACGCGCAUACUGGAUACCCAUACGGUUACUAUUAAAUAACUGACCAAUUGUAAAUAACGGACGAAAAUGUAUCAAAACUAAUAAAAUGAAAAGUAAGCAUUUA